AUGGCAGAUAUAGAUUCAAGUAACCCUUUAGACCAAGGGGCGAGAGACCGCAUCCGUCUUGCUCAGGAGUUUCUCGACCCAGGCGAUGCUCAUGCCCGUAGCUAUCGAUCCAACAUCAUCUUGAUGCUUCAGAAAAAUCUACGUCGCUUGACAGUUAACCUCGACCAUGUGCGGAACCAUAGUCCUGAGCUUGCCCAGGGCAUCUUGACACAGCCAUUCGACUACACCUUAGCAUUCAAUGAAGCGCUCAGGAGCAUUGUGGAUACCAUCCAGCCUCGUUCAAGUCCGAACAACCGCGAACAACCACGCUACUACUGCGCCUGGGCAGGAAGUUUCGGCCUUCACGCUUGCAACCCGCGCACACUUUCAUCCCAGCACCUCAACUAUAUGGUGUCUCUAGAGGGCAUUGUCACUCGAUGUUCAUUAAUCCGCCCAAAGAUCGUUAGGAGCGUACAUUACAAUGAGACCAAGGACGUGCUGGUCACUCAAACUUACUCAGACCAGACCAUGACCAAUGGUGCGACAACCUCAAGUGUCUACCCUCGAGAGGAUGCGAACGGGAACCCCCUCAUCACCGAAUACGGCCUCUGUACAUACCAAGAUCACCAAACCAUCUCGAUCCAGGAAAUGCCCGAGCGCGCACCCGCCGGUCAGCUUCCCCGAGGAGUAGAUGUCAUUCUUGACGACGACUUGGUUGACAGUGUCAAGCCCGGUGACAGGAUCCAGCUUGUGGGAAUUUACCGAACUCUCGGAAAUAGAAAUACCAACCACAAUAGCGCCUUGUUCAAGACUGUUAUAUUGGCAAACAAUAUUGUCCUUCUGUCUUCCAAGUCUGGGGGCGGAGUUGCCACUGCCACCAUUACCGACACCGACAUUCGAAACAUCAACAAGGUGUCAAAAAAGAAAAAUCUUCUCGAGCUAUUAUCGCAGUCCCUGGCACCCAGCAUUUAUGGCCAUGACUACAUCAAAAAGGCCAUUUUACUCAUGCUGUUAGGCGGCAUGGAAAAGAAUCUCGAAAACGGGACACACUUACGUGGUGACAUCAACAUAUUGAUGGUUGGCGAUCCAUCCACAGCCAAGAGUCAACUUUUGAGGUUUGUUCUCAAUACUGCUCCGCUUGCUAUUGCCACUACAGGUCGCGGUUCAUCUGGUGUCGGUUUAACGGCAGCCGUAACUACUGAUAAGGAGACUGGUGAGAGGCGACUUGAAGCGGGUGCGAUGGUCAUGGCAGACCGUGGUGUCGUGUGCAUUGACGAAUUUGACAAGAUGUCCGAUAUUGACCGUGUUGCCAUCCACGAAGUAAUGGAACAGCAAACUGUGACCAUCGCUAAAGCUGGCAUACACACCUCUCUCAACGCCCGGUGCAGUGUAGUUGCAGCAGCAAAUCCAAUCUUUGGCCAACUCUCUUUGUCUCGUUUCGACCUUCUCUUCGUUGUCACAGACGACAUUGAGGACACACGGGACCGCAAGGUGUCAGAGCAUGUGCUUCGUAUGCACCAAUACCGUGUAGCCGGUUCUGAAGAAGGCGCGCCGGUGCGAGAUCAGGGCUCUCAGUCCUUGGGUGUGUCAAUGAAUCUCCAAUCCGAAUCCCAGGGCCCAACGGAAAUGUAUGAGAAAUACAAUGAAAUGCUUCAUGCUGGUGUUACUGUGACCUCGGGUCGAGGCUCGCAGAAAAAGACGGAAGUUUUGACUAUGGCCUUCAUGAAGAAGUACAUACAGUAUGCCAAAACUCGAAUCAAGCCGGUUCUAACCCAAGAGGCUUCGGAAAGAAUCGCCGAAAUAUAUGUCGGCCUGCGCAACGAUGAGAUGGAGGGAAAUCAAAGACGAACAAGCCCCUUGACAGUCAGAACCUUGGAGACGAUAAUUCGUUUAGCUACUGCUCACGCGAAAUCGCGAUUAUCUAACAGGGUGGAGGAAAGAGAUGCUUUGGCUGCAGAGGGCAUCCUCCGAUUUGCCUUGUUCAAGGAAGUGGUAGAGGACUCACCGGAUGAGGACUCCGAUGCCGAGGAGGGUGAAAACGAGCCGUUUGGACCUGCUUCAUCUACAGCUACCAACGGUGUGGGCGAAGCUGAUCAAGUGGGAACGGAUGUGGACGCCACGGGCCCCAGAGUGAUCUCAAGUCAAAACACACCACGGCGAUCCACCCGUAGCACGAGGUCAGCAAACGUGGAUUCCCAGUCUCAGACAUCAUUUGCUUCAUCCAUGCCUGCCUCUCAGUUACCAUCGUCGGGAACCGAUGCUGCGGAACGAUCACAGGACGACGAGCAACUCGUCGAUGGUGCAUCCAACCUUGCUCUCAAUGACGAUGAAGAGCCAAUUACUUCCGCACGGUUAGCCACAUUUAGAACGGCAUUGGGACAACUCCUCGGCACAAAUUUGUUCGAGGAUGACUCUGCCCCCCUCGAAGCUGUUGUUGAUGCUGUCAACGCCAAGAUUGGAAACCGGGACGGCGGUCGUUUCAAUCGUGGAGAAGCCACGAAAGCAUUGAAGAAGCUGUCAGAAGCUAACCAUAUAAUGUUAUCCGAUGACGAUAUUGUCUUCCAAAUCUAA